UAAACAUUUGUGGUCAAUACCGCGCAAUUUCCGACACUGUGCUAUCCCAAGCGAUUCGAGUUCGCUGACCAGGGUCACCUCGGCGAUAGUUGACUUCCUAGCCGUCAUGCCUCGUGCUCUCGAGCUACCGGAAGACUUCAGCUCCAAAACGCCAACGUCGUCCACUGUUCACUCUGUUGUUACAGAUCUAACUAUACGCUUCUCUCCUUCGAACGUGCCUCCUUCCUCCUGCGAACUGGACCCGCGAAAAUGGCGCCGUAUAGAGAAGGAGCUUUACCAAUAUACAUCUCUAACGACGGCUUGGUUGUAUGUCGAGCUAGCGGAUGAGGAAGAGAUUGCGGCUCAGGAUCUACUGGUGAUUGUGGACAUCGCGGUCGGCGAGUCGCCUUCCAACUGUCAGCCAGGUCGUUCUUGGGAGGGUCGACCUUGCGGAAUCUGGUUGUUGAGAAGCAAAUACCCUGGCCAGAAAGACCGGGCUGUGACAGCGGUGGACAUUCUCUUUGGUAUAGAUGCUGUUGACCCACGACCACGAUGGGCUCUCAUGCAAUCAUCGCUUCAACUUCACGCUCAGCCAGAGGCACCAGUUGCAAGGUUGAGCAUACUCCGUGGUAGGGUCGAGCCGCCGCCGCCAGAUGCUCAGACGGCAUUGAGGGUCAGGAAGGACGGCACAUUCAAGAUUGUCCAGAUCUCCGACACACACAUGGUCACUGGCGUCGGAGUGUGUAAAGAUGCUAUCGAUGCCCGUGGGAAGAACCUGCCAGAAAGCGAGGCUGAUCCACUGACCGUAGACUUUAUCGGAAAGAUCUUGGAUGCCGAGAGACCAGACCUUGUUGUUCUCACUGGAGAUCAGUUGCACCACGAUAUCUCCGACAGCCAGUCUGCUCUCUUCAAGGUGCUUGCUCCUAUUAUCGAUCGUUCGAUUCCAUUCGCAGCGGUCUUCGGCAAUCAUGACAGUGAGGGCGACCAUGCAUUGUCACGUAAGUCCCUUUCUUUCCGCAAGGUUGCCAAUUCACAGAGCUAGCGAUCUACAACUCACUUGGAGUUGGCACAUUCCCACCAAAAGGGUAGACUACUUCCUCCGCGAGAGGGUUAUGCAACCCCAGUAAGGAACAGAUGUCAAUACUUCAGAGUCUGCCAGGUAGCCUGUGCGAGUCAGGCCCGGAACAGGUCGAUGGCAUAGGCAACUUCUAUCUUCAAGUCCUGGCUCCCGCCCCGUCACAGCUCCCAUUAUCGACUUUAUAUUUCUUCGAUUCACACGGUCAAAAACAGAGUAAGACACGAGAUCCAGACUAUCACGCGAUCAAGGAAAGCCAAAUCGAGUGGUUCACGAAGACAGCCCUGGAGCAACGAAGGGCGCGUGAGGAGAAUGGUAACGACAGCCGCUUUCACAUAUCUCUAGCUUUCCUACACAUCCCUCUUCCCGAGUUUAAAGACCCCCGUCUUAAGAUCCGCAACGGCCACCAAAGGGAGCCGCCUGAGUGUCCGAGUUACAAUUCCCGUCUCUACGACGCCUUAGUCAGAGGAGGCAUAUCAGCAGUAGGCUGCGGGCAUGAUCACGUGAACGACUAUUGCGCCCGGCUGCCCCAACCACCGCGGCAGGAUAAUGAAAAGCCGGCGCAGCCUGGCCCGUGGCUCUGUUAUGGAGGUGGCAGCGGAUUCGGGGGAUACGGUUCGUAUGACGGAACGGGAUGUCACCGACGAAUACGGGUUUGGGAACUCCAUACGAACACCGGAGGCUUAACGACGUGGAAGUGGGUCGAAUAUGCUACGAAUAGAGUUGACGAGCUGGUGCUUGUGGAAAGUGGUGUCGUAGUUGACCCCUAGGGUCAAGAAGAUGAAGGCUGGAGACGGAGCUGAAGCUAUAUGAUGUAAGAGAAGAUAUAUGGAGACUGCCGGGUAGCUAUUAGAGCCUCCAUAGUGCUUGAGCACUAGAAGACUUUCCAAACCUCACAGAGUCGUCGAUUUGAACAGUUAUCCCAGUUUGCGAAUCUCAGUGACGGGAGAGCAACCUUUUGUGUGUUCUUCGAAGGAGGUACAGAGAAGAGCAAUGUUGAUAAAGCGAAUAUCAU